GCCAGGACUCGGCGUCGCCCUGGCUGGACUCGGUGGUGCCGCGGCUGCGGGAGCUGCUGGUGCUGGAGGACACGGCCGCGCUGCAGAUGGAGGUCGGCGCCCUGGCCAGGGACUUCCCCGACGUGCGGCGGAGACAUGUGGCCGCGCUGCUGGACGCGCGGGGGCUGCGGGCGCAGGGCCCUCGGCGCGAGAUCCUGGGGGUGCUGCAGGAUCUGGGGGGGUCGGAGGCCGAGGCGGGGCCCCCCCGGCACCGAACGUUCUUCUCGGAGCUGCCGGCGCCGCGCCCCGUGCGCUGCCUCCCGUUCCACCUGCCCCGGCUGCGCCUCCCGCGCCGCAGCCCCGCCAGGACCCCCCCGUGACACCCCCGGGACCCCCGAGGGGCCGGCGACACCCUCGGAACCCGCAGCGCGUCCCCAAGGGGCUGGGGACACCCCCGAGCUCGGGUCUGUCACCUCCCGGGGUUGGGGACACUCUCAGCCCGG